AUGACGAGCCCGUACGGUGGGGGCUUCGGCGCGUACCAGCCGGGCGGCGGCCUCGGCGCGGGCACCCCGCUCGGAGGCGCCGGCGCGCCCGGAUCUCUCCUCGGUGGCGAUCGAUACGGAGGCACGCCGAUGACCGGCGGUCAGGGCGCGAUGGGCAGCGCCGGCCGAUACGGCGGCUCCCUGCUCGCCGGCGGGGGAGGGUACCAGGGCGGCGGCCUCGGCGCCGGCGGAUCCGCCACCCUCGCGGGCUCCGGCCACGACCACGGCUCCUACGGCGACCUUCGCGCCGCACCCGGCAGCGGCAUCGGCCGACACCAGCAGCCCUUCGCGCCGAUGCUCUUCUCCUCCCCCGGCGCAUCCGCGGGUUUGGGAGGCCGGGGCGACGGCCGGGAUUUCGUGUCGUCCCCAGCGCACGCGGGAGCGCAAGGACCCGCGCCGGGACGCACGGGCACCGCGGGAUACUUCACCGGCGGCGGCGGCGGCGGACCCGCGCAAGGCACCCCGGGCUCGCACCACGCGGGCGUGAGCAGGUCCUUCUUCGGAGCAAACACAGCUGGCGGGGGCGACGUCACGCCCGCGUCGGGUCGACGAGUCUUCGGCUCCAAUCGCGAGAAUCAGCCGAGAACCUCCGACGGCGCAGCCGGCGGCGGCGCGACCAACACGGGCGGGUCGCUCCGAUCCGGCGCCGGGGGCAAGUCCACCGCGUUGGACUCCGGGCACGUGGGCACGCCGUGGGGGGACAAGGGCAAAACUUUGGGCGGCGGGCCGUCGCCCGUUCGAGGGUUGAACAUGUUUGGAAACGAACCGGGCGCAUCCGGAGACGGUUACGGAAUGAACGACGCCGACGGGUCACCGAACGAGGCGUGGGUCACCGUGUUCGGGUUCCCGCCGGGGUCACUCGCGGCGGUGCUCGAGGCGUUUCAGAGGGACGGCGACGUGGUGACGCACGAUUCCUUCGCGAGUUCCCCGGGCGCGAAUAGUUCGGGCGCGACGAAUAAAAACGAGUCGGGACCGAACUGGGUGCACGUGCGUUUCGCGACGAGCGCGGGAGCUGCGAGGGCGCUUCGACGUAACGGGACCAAGGUGAGCGGCGUCAUGGUGGGCGUUCGACGGCUGGACGACGACGCGCGCGCGGUGGUCGAGAGGGAGCACGGCGGCGCCGGGCUGCUCGCGCAAUCGUCGGGGGAUCGAUCAACCCUCGGACAAGACGGGAGGAGGAUCGUGCGGCCCGUCGCCGGGAUGAGCGCGCCGGGGGCGAGACCCUCGCGGUUCCAGCCGUCCAGGGAGGGCGUGGCGCUGCAGCCCCGGCGGAGCGUGUGGAACAACAUCGUGGAGAUCGUCUUCGGGCUGUGA